AGUUGUCUCCAAAAUGGUGCUCGAAAGUACUAUGAUAUGGUAAGUUCUUUUCCAUUUAUUCAAAUGUUCCGUGAAUAAUAUUUGGUUUUUCGAAACACAAGGGCAUUGAGAAGAUUUGCUAAUAUAAUGCACGUCUCGGAGCUGAAUAUUGCAGAGACCUGAGGCGUCGGUAAAAGCCUUAUAUGUUAGACCGUUAAGGUUGUUUUGAGAGUGACAUUGCAAAGUUGAAUAAUUUACUCUUUGUAAGCUCUAGAAAAAUAUUUCAUUCAGCUGCACCUACUUUUAAUCAAAUGCGUCUAAACAAUUUAAGAGCGUGACCCGCUGGCAAUAUUUUCAUAUACUUCCUCAAAAAAAAUAGCUGCUUUAAUACAUAACCUCUACUUCGUUGACAACAGCGACUAUAUGAGAAAUGGAGAUUUUCUUCCUACACGUUUGCAAGCACAGCAAGAUGCUGUUAAUCUAGUGUGCCACUCAAAAACUCGCUCAAAUCCAGAAAACAAUGUAGGACUGAUGACUCUUGCAAAUGUUGAAGUACUAGCUACACUAACAAGUGAUGUUGGACGUAUUCUGUCCAAGCUACACAAAGUACAACCCAAUGGAAACUUGUCUCUUAUUACAGGAAUUAGGAUUGCCCAUUUGGCUCUCAAGCAUCGCCAAGGAAAGAAUCAUAAAAUGAGAAUUGUGGCUUUUGUUGGUAGUCCAAUCCAGAUCGAUGAAAAGGAAGCUGUCAAACUAGCAAAGCGCCUAAAGAAGGAAAAAGUGAAUGUUGACAUAAUAAGUUUUGGUGAAGAAAGUGUAAACAAUGAAGUGCUGACAGCAUUUAUUAAUGCUCUUAAUGGGAAAGAUGGAAGUAGCAGUCAUCUUGUCACUAUUCCUCCAGGACCUCAUCUAUCUGAUGCUCUAAUUUCUUCUCCUAUAAUUCAAGGAGAAGAUGGCACAGGUGGAGCUGGUAUAGGUGGUGCUGCAUUUGAAUUUGGAGUAGAUCCCAAUGAAGAUCCUGAACUGGCUUUGGCAUUGCGUGUAUCCAUGGAAGAACAAAGGCAGCGCCAAGAAGAUGAAGCAAGACGAACUCAACCUGAUGUACCAGCGCCAAUAAAAGAGGAACCCAAGGAGGUAUCAAAUGAGGAAGCCAUGUUAAAAAGGGCUCUUGCUAUGUCGCUGGAAGGUAGUGAAGAAUCUUCAGUAGCUACUGAAAGUACUGCCCCAAGUUCUGGAAGUGUUCCUGACUUUGCUCACAUGACAGAAGAAGAGCAAAUUGCUUUUGCAAUGCAAAUGUCUAUGCAGGAUCAACAAGAACAUGAGGGACCACAAAAAGAAGAGCCAAUGGAAGUUGAAGAAGACUAUGCAACUGUGAUGUCGGACACGGAGUUUUUACAGUCCGUACUAGAAAAUUUACCUGGUGUCGAUCCUCAAUCCGAAGCCGUUCGUCAAGCUGUAGGCUCUUUGCAACAAAAUAAAGACAAAGAAAAGGAAAAAGAGAAGGAUAAAGAUAAAAAUUCGAAGAAGUAAACCAUAUUUGCAAUAGAUUUUUUCAAACAUAUUUGUAUUCCUUAUUCACUUUAACUAUAAAUAUAUAUUGAAAUAAUUUGAAUUCUAAAAGUUUUUUUAAUACAAACGUCGAUGUCAGUUUUACUAUUUAUUUAAUAGUUUAAUAAAAAAUUUUCAUUUAAUACUA